GGAAAAGUCACCAAACUCGUCCGAUAGUUUGCCCCGAGGGCUACCGACCGGAUCAACGCCAGCGCUGCCGUUUGGUGUUUUCGUUUGAUUAACAGGUUCCAGUGGUGUAGUUUGAAAGUUAAUAAACACACGACAGCACGGUGCGCCUCAGUGGAAAAAAACGUCAUCAUGAUCAAGCCAACACUGGCCUUGAUCGUUGCUGUGGUAGUGCUGGCCAAAAUCGUAAGCACCUCGGCGGAGAAUAUUUUGUUUCUGCAAACACUCUCUUCCAAGAGUCAUCACAUCUGGAACAAACAGAUCAUCGACCGGCUGUACGACAAUGGUCAUAACCUCACAAUUCUUUCGUUUUUCGAAGAGAAAUCAAUCCCGGGCAAGACGUUUCUUGUUGCAGCAGAUUUUAUGGGCAAAAUUAUGGCAGAAUAUUCCGAUUGGGAUUAUACCGCGGAAGUUGACCCUUUCAUCAACAUCAAACAGAUGUACGAUUACUACAGCUUAGCGAGUCGCAUCAUAUCCGAAGAAAACGCGUUCCUGGAGCUGCUGAAAUACCCAAAAACUUUCAGGUUCGAUCUGAUAGUUCACGACUUUACCAUGGGUCAAUUUCUGCUGGGAUUGGUUGAAUACUUCGGCAACCCUCCGCUGGUAUCUGUCACGGCAUUCAACAUCCCGUCUUACGCCAUAACGUUGGCCGAUGCACCCCUCAUGACAACUUACAUGCCCCAUUACACAGCAGAAUUCACCAAUCGAAUGACCUUCAUUGAAAGAGUGAAAAACACCUUGUUUUGGGCCUUCGACAUUUUUUACCGCAGCCAGGUUUACAUGAGGGGCGAAAACAGCCUUUCCAGAAAGAUUUUUGGCCAAGAAACCACCUCGCUAAAUGCCAUCGAAAAACGUUCGGAUCUCAUCCUGGUCAAUUGCGACUUCAGCAUGGACUACUAUCAACCCCUUCCUCCAAACGUCAUUCCAGUAGCCGGAUUACACGUCUUCCGGAAAGAGGACAUCUCACCCGUCAUCAAGCAAUUCAUUGCUCGAGCCAACAAGGGAGUGAUUUUGCUCAGUUUCGGAACCAUUUUUGCUACCGAAAUGCUCGGCGAACAAGUCAACAAAGCCAUCAUGGACGUAUUCCGAGGGAUGAGCGAUUACGGAUUCAUCUGGAAACACGGGGACCCCGCUUCACUCGGUGUAAUGCCACCAAACGUGCUGGUCCUGCCUUGGGUUCCCCAGGCCGCGGUUUUGAGCAACCAGCGUACUCGACUACUGAUCAGCCAUGGCGGUUUACUGAGUCUGCAGGAAGCUUCCUGGUACGGAGUGCCCGUUGUUGCCGUUCCGUUCUUCGUCGAUCAGCAGUCCAAUGCGGACAAGCUGGAGCGGACCGGGGUUGGUGCUAAGCUACUUCCUAAAGACAUCAAUGAGGAAAAUCUUAGGAAGUCAAUCCUAAAGGUCGUUGAAAACGAGAGCUAUCGGACGAACAUGAAGCUGCGAUCUCAACGGUUUCGGUCCCAGCCGGAACAUCCCCUGGAUCGGGCCAUAUUCUGGAUCGAAAAGGUUAUCGAAAACAAGGGACUGGGUUACCUUCGAUCGCCCGGGCACGACAUGAGUCUAGUGGUGCUCUACGGGCUGGACAUGAUCGGUGUCGUACUUCUGGUGCUGCUUCUGGUUUACUCUUUGCUACGGAAAUGUGCCGCCAAAGUGAGCGGUCAAAAAUCGACCAAACCGUCCAAGUCCAAGAAGGAAUAGAGCGUUUGCUGGUAUGGGUUUGCUGUUUUCUGAGGAAAAUAGUAUAAGGGAGUUUUGGUUGUGAAUACAUGUUUGAUUUAGAAAAAAAGUUAAGCUUAAUGUUAAAAAUUUCAAAGUAGAAUAAAAUACGCUU